CACGCUGCAAUGUUCUGUGCGCCGCGUCACUGCUAGCCAAGUGAGUUUGUUUCAUGUUGUGAAAACUUCGGUGUACUACGAAAAAGAUCACUCGUGCAAGUACAACGUUCUCGUUCUAAAAAAAGUAGAGAUCAUAACUCACCGCUUCGCAGCUCUCAGGCUCCACCCAGCAAGCGCUCCUGCCACCUCGUUUCCGUUCUUGAAUGCCGCGGGCGUGGUGCCCCCGACGGCCUUCAACCCGGCCAGUACUGCUUUCGGCGCUGCUCCGGCAGGGAUGUACGGAGGUGGCGCUCCAGCGGCCCCAGGUGCUCCCAGAAGUAACAUGUCUUCUGGGCAGCUGCAGCCGAAACAAGCGGCAUUGAUUGGCUCAACAGCAUCUGGCUUCUACUUCCCACCAAGAACCAUCUUCCGCAGCUACGGAUCAUCUGCAUCAACACCAGCAAUUCAUGGCGAGCCAGCUGCAAGGUACCACGGGUACAACAAUGAAUGGAAGCAAUGACAGCAGCAUGAGCGGCAAUCCUUUCCAGGGAUCUGUGGCGCUGACCAACAACGCGACUACUGCUGGCACGAUGCACAAAACCAUUUCUGGUUCCAUCGGCACGAUGGGCUUGACCAAAUCUGGUUUGGCAAACUACAACGCGAACCACUAUCACCAGCACAACUCCCACAACAUGUUGCACGGUCAGCACGCGAACGGCUAUGGAGCGACGAGCACAUCCACUGGUGUGGAGGAGCAGCAACAAAGUACUAAUUGUUUGGGCGGGCCGAACCCGAACAACCGCACUGCCACCGCGAGCGCAAUGUUGACCGGAGGACCGUCUGCGGCCCCUCAGAGUGUUUCAGCAAUGGCGAUCGGAAUGCUGAACAAUGCGGGACAGCAUCAGCAUCUCAGCUCGCAAAUGCACAUGCCGUCGUCGACGAAUGAGAAUACUUACGCCAGCCAGGAUAAGAUCAUGAUGCACCAGCAGCAAGAUGGCAGCAAGUUACCCAACGGGAACGGUUCUCCGACGCAGCGCAUAGAGCAGCAUCUGGUCGCCCAGGAUCGUGGUGCCAGCGCGCAGCAAAUAAUGCAGGAAAAGUGGUACGAGGUGAAGCGGCGCAACUACCAGAACGACCCGGGUCCGGGUGUACCAGCCGAGCCGCACAUGUUCAUCGAUCCGACCAAGCCUCGGAAGCAGUACUUUUUCUGUUUUAUAGGAUGCUCUCGACUGCCCUCCUCACGUCUGAUAGAUCGGAGUGUACUGAAGCGUUGCGACCCUGACGGGAGGUGACAUUUUUUGUCAUGGACAAUAAUAAAUCAUUUCUUUGCGACAAAUGAAACAAAUCGUAUCAGGUUCGAGGAUUAUUAUUACGACACGAAGCAGGAUUUCAUUGACUACCCCAAAACCUUCGACUACAUCAUCAAGCACUACUCGAAGCGGAUUAACUCCUACGGGAUCGACGAGAAGCUGCUGAACGACGUGAUUGUGCAGUUGAUGAAGCCCCUGGAAACCGACCGCCCGUUCGAGGCCUUCAACCUGGUAUGGCAUUUUCUGAAGUGGUUGCGCCAGAUGCAGGUGGAGAUCAAAACCAAACUGUUCACCCUCAUCAUUCGCAGCUUCGAGAAGUGCCAUGAACCGGCCAAGUACCAUUGGGCAAUGCUGGACAUCUACAAGCGCUUGCCGGCGCGGAACUCGUAUUACCUAGCUUGCUGGAUGAUUCUCGGCAGUUGUACUUGGGAUGAAAAAACGAUGACUACAUUGUAUGGAUUUUUUUAUUGUGACGAAUCGACGCUUUUGUCUUGCGUAAACAAUGUACCCAAAACUAUCCAGCCACGCUACCGCCGCGAUGAUCAAGGCGCAUGGUGUAGCGCAGGAUGUGGGACAGUGCGUGGAAUACCUGAAACAGUACAAGAUGUUGCCGAAGCACGAUUCUAACAAGCGCUUCAACUUUGUCGUGUACCAGGCCGCUUUGGACGCUUCUAUUCUGCACCUGCGGAACGUACUUUAUUGUCAUUGCGAUGUAUUUGCGAUGAUUCUUUUUCUUUCUCCUGUGCUGUAGCGGAUUAGAAACACCUCAUGAGGGAGAAAAGCUCCCAGAUUGAUGAGUCUGACAAGAGCGGGGUAACAAAAUAAAAAAAGAGGUCCUCGGGGGACCUCUUGUCCCCCCGGCCGGGCGGACAAGAGGUCCCCUCGUUUUGCUGCCGGAGCGUCCGGCACGCGGAGUUCCCCCCCCCCCGUGUCGCCGCGUCGGAUAUUUCGGGCGAAUCGGGGCGGGGACCUCUUGCCCCCCCCGUUGCGCAGAGAAAUUGGCUAUGUAUUUGCUAUACAGGACAAGAGGUCCCCACCGUUCGACCCGAAAUGGCCGGCGCGGCGACACGGGGGGGGAACUCUGCGAGCCGGCCGCUCUGGCAACAGAAGGGGGGGACCUCUUGUCCGUCCGGCCGGGGGGACAAGAGGUCCCCCGAGGACCUCUUUUUUUAUUUUGUUACCCCGCUCCAAGACACAACAAAUGUACUCCUUGAAAACAGAAACACCGUCGCUUGGAGGCCAUGGCGCGGCGAUUCAUCUACGAGGAGUAUGUGUCACAGUGCGACUAUGAAAACGAACGCUGGUGAUCAUUCUUGGUCUAUCGCGAUAAUACUCUGGUUCACCAUGCAUGCUUUUUGUUAUGCGAAUGCGAAGCAUCUGAUGUGAGUCAGUGGCAGUGAAUUACAGGCAUGACAAAAAGAAGCGGGAUGUGUGUUGUUGCGCUAAAUCAAAACCGUAUUCUACCCCUGGAUACCCCCGAGCCGAUGAGCCGGCGAAAGAUCGACCCGACGCGCAACCCCCGGCAGACGCACCCGCACUUGUACUUACUACAAUUACCAUUCUUCGGACUAGCGACCACCAACUUGUAAAAGUAGUAUACUUUGUGAGAAAGAAGUUGCAAGAUAGUUUUCAUGCUGCUCAUACAAACUGUCAAUGUUUCAGAGCUCUCUUCGCUGCAGCCAUGAAUAUCUGUGCGCGAUUCGGCUUCUAUGCUUCUGAGAGUCUUUUAGCAUCAUGUUGAUAGUGCAUUUGUUUUUGUGAGCAAUAGAUAAUGUUCGAAGAAUCUGGUGCAAGAGCAGUUGCGUAUUGGGGUGAGGUUUCAGGGUUCUACAUGCAAUAUUUGACUUUUUUUGUCCUGAGAAAGUGGCUCAGGAUAGUAUUACUACCAUGAUCCCAGGAGCACGCCCAUGCAGCACAACUGCUCCUACAACAAAAUCGCAGCACAACAACAAGCUUCGUAUGGUGAUUCGCAGCAGUGCAACUCCGGUACGGAAGACGCGGCUCACGGUGCUGGCCACGUGCAGGGGGCCGCGACUGGUCGUGCAUCUGCGGUGGUCGUCCCCGUGCAUCAUUAUCCGUGGCAAGAGCAGAGCGAAGUAGAUCCAACCACAAUGGUCGUGUCGGAGCAGCAUGAUGCAAGAGUGCAAGCCGAAGAUCCGACCAAGAAUUCGAACUCUACUACAGACACCUCGGACCUUGGAGCAGGAGAACAACAUCACGUUCUAGGUUCAACAUCCUGUGAAAGAACUGGAACUUCCUCUACCUAUGAUACAGUGAAUGCACAGGGCGUCGACGUCGGCCCUUGUUCUAGUACAACUCGAAGAACCUUGCAACAGCAGCUGAAGUUCGUGCGGGACCAGAUCCGAAAAGCUGACGCGAACAGGAAGGGCGCGGACGCAACGGCUAACCGGCUGCGUGAUGAGUGUGAAGAAAUGCUGGAUACGAUGGCGGAAACGAACGCGGAAAUCAAACGCUUGAAGGACAAGCUAGCCGAGCUAGAAGACAAGAAGAAAAAGGACAACAAAACGUUUUGCGAUUUGAAUAUGGAAAUGCAGGACCAGGAAAAAACUGGCAGGAGAAUCAUGGAAAAGAUGAACAACUACAAAUUCGAAGAGCAGGAGCUGAUGCGAAAAAUAGAUAUCCUGGGGGAAAAUCACCAACUAGUAUUUAAGACCGCGGGCGGAUGAUCACGCAUGCGAUGUCGGCGCCACGGAGGUGGGAGGGUAAAAGUCACAUUGAUAAUUUCAGAUUUUCCGCUCAUUUAGGUAGUGCGCUCUUGCAUAGUAAGUACGAAACGUGAAACUGCAUAUUUUCAGUUGGAAUGCACUACUGAUUUCUGAGAUUUGUUUCGACGAACUUACUAACCACAGGUACUGACUGGAACUUUUUUUUCAGCGGUUUCGUGCGAGCCCCGAAGCGCCUGAUAAAGGAAACCGCAGAGCAGCGACCUUGAGGAACUACGAGCUUUUCUUUUUUCAGUCGCCACCCGGAGGAUGAGUACACAUACCUGAAGCAAAGACCACACACAGUCGCAAUGUAGAAGUUUAAGAAAGCGAAGUAGUACGCCGAGUUUGUAGUACGAAAUGAUGAAAUACAGAUUGCAAUGGACAAAAAUGAACAUAAAAGAAAGCAGCGUCUUACUGAGUAGUCUGGGGGUAUUAAUUGCGACAGCUGGAAGUUUCUUUGCCAAGCUCGUCGCAUCUCGCUUGGCAGCAAAAGCUCAGUUUGGCGGUGUCUCGAUCCGGGCAAGAUUCCGGAAUUUACGUAAAUUGCUCGGGUCGUAUCAAUGACUUUCAUAUCUUGCGCGAAUUUCGGACGAUCAGUGUCGUUCCAUCAUAAAAACCAUUAUCAUUUUCAAUGUACGCACGUAGCGCUAUGUAAAAAUAAGAUGCUUCUAAGAAACUUUACUCAAUAGAUCAAAAGCGAAAGCCUCGCUUGCUUUUUUUUUUCCUGCUGCGCCCUGGCGGACGGGCUUGAUUCGAUGCCUUGGUGUUCUGUUAAUCAGCGAAGGGAGUUUUGUCUCAAAAAGCAACUGAACCCAACGCACAGCAAG